UCAUUUCCACACACUUUUCCCACCGGGAUGGAUCUUCCGCAGCCAGCGCGCACAGCCAGCGGCCAACACGCACGCUUGCCGUCGUCACACAUGGCUGCGCAUGUGGGGCGAGUUUUCACGGCGUUUUUGUGGAUAAUAGCGGUAGUUUCGAGUUCCAGGACGAGGAUUUAUCCGGCCAAUGAAGUGACCCUGCUGGAUACCAGAACAGUGCCAGGAGAGCUGAAAUGGGCAGCAAGUCCCUCUGAAGGAGGGUGGGAAGAAGUGAGUAUCAUGGACGAGAAGAACAUCCCCAUCAGGACAUACCAAGUUUGUAACGUCUUACAACCCAAUCAGAACAACUGGCUGAGGACGGACUGGAUUGCCAGAUCUGGUGCUCAGCGGGUUUACGUGGAGGUCAAGUUUACACUUAGAGACUGCAACAGCCUGCCUGGGGUCACCGGCACCUGCAAGGAGACGUUCAAUCUGUACUACCACGAGUCCAACGAAGACAGGGAGAACUUCAUCAAAGAGAGCAGCUUCAUUAAGGUGGACACGGUGGCGGCCGAUGAGAGUUUCACUCAGGUGGACGUUGGAGACCGAAUCAUGAAACUCAAUACCGAGGUCCGUGACGUAAAGGUGACAAACAGGAAAGGCUUCUACUUGGCCUUUCAGGAUGUGGGCGCCUGCAUCGCCUUGGUGUCCGUGCGUGUUUUCUACAAAACCUGCCCCCUGACUAUUCGGAACCUGGCAACCUUCCCAGACACGGUGACAGGGGCUGACACUUCCUCCUUAGUGGAGGUCAGGGGAUCCUGCGUGGACCAAUCAGAAGAGAGGGAAGAGCCUAAAAUGUACUGCGGUGCAGAUGGAGAGUGGCUGGUUCCUAUUGGUGGAUGUCUUUGUAACCCGGGAUACGAAGAAAAGGGAAGUUCAUGCAAAGCGUGUCCUGCUGGUUUCUACAAGUCAAGGUCAUCUGAUGCAGGAUGCUCCAAGUGUCCUCCACACAGCUAUUCACUUCGAGAAGGGUUGACGGUUUGUGACUGCCAUUCCGGAUACUUCCGAGCUGAUGGCGACCCUCCCUCCAUGGCUUGUUCCCAGCCUCCAUCAGCUCCGCAGCAACUGAUCUCGGUAGUGAACGAGACCUCCGUGGUUUUGGAGUGGAGCCCCCCUCGCCGAUUAGGUGGUCGUAGCGACAUCAGCUACAGCCUGGAGUGUCUCGUUUGUCAAAGCGGAGGCUAUCCUCAGAUGGGUGACGGGAAUCGUAGCGCUUCCCAAACUGACGUUUUACCUGGUGGCCAAGGGAUGCAGUCGGACCAGGGGAUUGUGGGACAUGAAGUCCAGGCGGGCAGAGGCGUCUAUCAAAGAGAUUCCGGCAGAGUGGCCUCAGGCGCUCAGCUGUGCCAGCCCUGCAGCUCAGACGUGCUCUUCUCUCCAGACCAGACGGGCCUGAGGGGUACCCGAGUGGUUGUGAGCGAGCUCAGAGCUCAUACUCACUACACGUUCAUCGUGCAGGCACGCAACGGGGUCUCCCAGGGUGCUGCUGCUGGGGCAGCCCAGAGCGUGUCUGUCUCUGUAACCACCAAUCAAGCUGCUCCCUCCCCUGUGUCAUCCAUUCACGUCACCGACGUGACGAGGCAUACACUGUCAUUGUCAUGGCAACAGCCAGAUCAACCCAAUGGGGUCAUCCUAGAAUAUGAGGUCAAGUUUUAUGAGAAGGAUCAGAGGGAGAGGUCGUACCGCAUAAUGAGGACGUUUUCCCGAAGCGUGGAAGUCACGGGACUCAACCCGCUCACCGUCUACGUGUUUCACGUGCGGGCUCGCACCGCCGCCGGAUAUGGAGAGUUUAGUACUCCGUUUGAAUUUGCCACCAAUUCAGAUCCCUUCCCUCUGAUUGGAGAAGGCGUCAACUCUGCCUUCCUCUUGCUGUCCGUGAGCGGUGUUGGAAUUCUUUUGCUUAUAUCUGCAGCCAUUUUCAUUAUUAGUCGCAGGAGGAACAAGUACAGUAAAACCAAGCAAGACUCAGAGGAGGAGAAACAUCUUAAUCCGGGAGUAAAGAUCUACGUGGACCCGUUCACCUACGAGGACCCCGAUCAAGCCAUCCAUGAGUUUGCCAAGGAGAUUGACGUGAGCUGCAUUCACAUCGAGAGAGUAAUCGGCAUGGGAGAGUUUGGCGAGGUGUGCAGCGGCCGCUUACGUGUGCAGGGGAAGCGAGAAGUCUACGUUGCCAUUAAAAGCCUGAAGGCAGGAUAUUCGGACAAACAGAGGCGGGACUUCUUGUCCGAGGCGUCCAUCAUGGGGCAGUUUGACCACCCCAAUAUCAUUAGGCUGGAGGGGGUUGUUACCAGAUGUAAACCACUGAUGAUCAUAACGGAAUACAUGGAGAAUGGAUCACUGGACGCUUUUCUUCGGAAACAUGACGGCCAGUUCACUGUUAUCCAGCUGGUGGGAAUGUUGCGUGGCAUCGCCUCAGGCAUGAAGUACCUGUCAGACAUGAGCUACGUUCACCGUGACCUCGCGGCUCGAAACAUCCUGGUCAACAGCAACCUUGUGUGUAAGGUGUCCGACUUCGGUCUGAGUCGGGUUCUGGAGGAUGACCCGGAAGCCGCGUACACCUCAAGGGAAACCCUUGGUACUUACCUUUCCCCUGGCGGGAAGAUCCCCAUCAGGUGGACGGCUCCAGAAGCCAUCGCCUACAGAAAGUUCACCACAGCCAGUGACGUGUGGAGUUACGGCAUUGUCAUGUGGGAGGUGAUUUCUUAUGGCGAGAGGCCCUACUGGGACAUGAACAACCAGGAUGUGAUCAAAGCAAUUGAUGAGGGCUACCGCCUGCCUGCUCCCAUGGACUGCCCUGUGGUUCUGCACCAGCUAAUGUUGGAUUGCUGGGAACGAGACCGAGCUGAAAGACCCACUUUUAGCCAGAUUCUCAACAUGCUGGAUAAGCUAAUUCGGAACCCCGGGACUCUGCGCAGAACUGGAGUGGAAAGACCUGCAGUGCUGGAAUCUGGUGUGUGUCCGGAAGUGUGCGUGUCGGUUCUACCAGAGGUGUGUGUUCCCAAGUGGUCGCUCUGUGAGUGGCUGCAGUCCAUUGGCUUGGAGAGGUACGCCGAGACGCUACUGGCGGGAGGAUACUCCAGCCUUGACAACCUACUGGCACUCACACACCAGGAGAUGGACAGACUUGGAAUCCUCAGCCCAUCACACCAGGACAUACUAGUCGCCAGUAUACAGCAAGAAAUGUUGUCUCAAAUGCAGCACAUGCAACACACGAUGGUUCCCGUGUGAGUCACUGCAUGGACAAAAUUCCAUUUACCUCAUCCAUGCACUUUAGGGCGACUUUUCACUACGAGGAUGUGAGAAGUGAGAAAGCAGCACUUUUUGUCAACUUCCAUCCGCUCGGAGUUUUGGGAAAAACCCAAUAUGGACGUGGCCGCAGAUUGCUACGGAGACUUAAGCCCCUUCCUUUAAUUCACUCCGAUUUUGUAUUAUUUUAUUAUCUGUUUUGUGAAAGCUGACAUAAAAGCAGACUGGCUUCCAGUUUUUAAGUUGGCCUUUUUUGCUGCUUUGGGCUUGACUUGAAGAAAAGUUUGUGUGUGUGUAAUGUAAAUUCACACAUAGUUGAUGCUCCCGUGUUAUACGUCUUUGAACGAUAUGCAAAGCGAAAUUGGGAGGAGAGGGGACAAAUGUGUCAUCACUAGUUACAUACUAACUGUCUGAAUGUUUCAUUUCUUUUUGUGUGUGUGUGUGUGUGUGUGUUCUCUUGUUUAAAGUGUAUUAACUCCUUGGUGGCGAAAGACAGUCGUUCGUUCGUUGCCGACCCUCUCCCUCAAAAUGGAUUGGACGUCUAUCGCCAUCAAUGGCAGCCAAGGAGUUAAUUAGACUAUCUUUAGCGUCAUAUUUUAUUUAUGUUUUUUUUUUUAUGUAGUUUCUACUGUAUAUUGUAAAUUAGAAGCGCUGAAGAAAACUGAAUUGAUUGCCAUAUUGCAUUACAAUAAAUGACUAAAUGCACCAUGUACAUGAAUGUACAUUUUUGACUGUUUAUCAUCUUUUCAUUGUGGGUAUACUUUGUAAAACAAAGGGUUAAGGUUAGGACUUGGGUUAGGUUUAGGUAGUGAGCUAGUGUUAGGUAAAUUAGGUUUAAUGUUUGGGCAUAGAGAUAGGUAAGUGCUUCUCGAUUAUUUUCUGCUAAGAUCCCCCAAGAAGACGUAACCGGUUCGUGCACCCCAACUUUGUGUUGUUUGUAACAGAAAAGACUUGAAGCCCAUCAAUUUUCCUUAAUUAAAAAAAAAAAAAAAAUCCUAUCCAAACUGUAAUAAUACCAUCAAGGUACAUUUUUAAUAAUAUAAUAAUGAAAAAUUAAAUUUAACAAAAAGAAUAAAUAAUAAAUAAAUUCAAAUUGAUCGGCAAUAUUAACUCAUGAGGACAAUAUGCCAAACAAUUUGACCGAAAAAAAACAAAAAUUAAUAGAACAAAAACAACAGUCUCAUUGGACAGAGGGACAGUUUUUAUUUUCGACGCAGGCAGUAUCAUCUCCUUUGCGAUAAUGUGGGGUUAUUUUGCACUGAGUAAUUUGGUGUGCCUUCUUAUAUGAUGCUAACAGUGCUCGCUGGUUUUCUGAUGUAACACUGACAAAGCGGGAUGAUUGUUGGCAAUAUUCUGCACGUUGCACUGAUUAAAUAUCAAGUGACUUAUCAAUGUAAUUGUGGUGUAAAGUAUUUAAGUCAGUGGUCCCCAACAUUUUUACACUCAGUAAAUAGACUAGUCUUUCCUCGUCUCCCACUGUUUUAAAAGUCAAAGCCACAUGCCAAACGACAUACACCAUACAUCAUACCGUAAUUUCCCGAAUAUAAGGCGCAGUUUUUUUCCCCAAAAUCAACUUGUAAAAUCAUGGUGCGCAUUAUAAACGGGUACAUGGAUGGAGACAGAAAUAUACAUAUAUAUAUAUAUAUAUAUACAGUGCUGCUCAAAAGUUUGUGAACCCCCUCAACAUUUUGGAAUUUUCUAUUAUUUCAACCUGAUUUCCUAAUCAAUCAAUUCAGUAGUUUUUUUUUUUUUUUUUUUUAACAGUUGUGUUGUCGAGACUAAAUUAAAAAGAGUUU